ACAGUCUUGCUCUGUUGCCAGGCUGGAGUGCAGCGGCGCGAUCUCAGCUCACUGCAGCCUUCACCUCCCAGGUUCAAGCAAUUCUCCUGCCGCAGCCUCCCGAAUAGCUGGGACUACAGAUAAGAUGCUCCAACUCCCUUGCAGCUCUCUUCAGAAGAAAAAUCACGAGUGCUCUGCCUUUGCCGUAAUACCAGGCCUCUUUGACUUGUGCUUUGGUGCUGCAACACUGGAAGAAUUGCACACAGUUUCCAGGAAUAUCUUUUUUUCAUUUGAGUGAUUCUUUGUGGAUGAAAACAGAGUUGAGUCUUAAUAAUUACCUUGUUUAAAAGCUGUUUUCUUUAUAGUCUGAACUGCUUAAUAAAUUGGGUCACCUACCAAUGAGCCACACAGCCAGUUCUUGUCAGGAGCUGGUUGAAAGCUGUGCUGUGCAUGUAGCAGGAAUGGCACAAGAAGAUAGCCGUCGUGGUCAAGUGCCAUCUUCCUUUUAUCAUGGUGCCAACCAAGAACUUGACCUGUCCACCAAAGUGUACAAAAGGGAAUCAGGAAGUCCUUAUUCUGUGUUAGUGGACACCAAGAUGAGCAAACCACAUCUCCAUGAAACAGAAGAACAGCCAUAUUUCAGGGAGACAAGAGCAGUGUCUGAUGUGCAUGCUGUUAAGGAAGACCAGGAGAAUUCUGAUGACACAGAAGAGGAGGAGGAAGAGGAAGAAGUCUCUUACAAAAGGGAGCAGAUCAUAGUGGAGGUAAACCUUAAUAAUCAAACAUUAAAUGUGUCUAAAGGGGAAAAGGGUGUCUCUUCUCAGUCCAAAGAGACUCCUGUUCUUAAGACAAGCAGUGAGGAGGAAGAGGAAGAGAGUGAGGAAGAGGCCACAGAUGACAGCAAUGACUAUGGAGAGAAUGAAAAGCAGAAGAAAAAGGAGAAGACAGUAGAGAAAGUCAGCGUUACACAAAGGAGAACGAGGAGAGCUGCCUCUGUUGCCGCAGCUACCACUUCCCCUACUCCCAGAACUACAAGAGGUCGUAGGAAGAGUGUAGAGCAACCUAAGCGUAAGAAGCGGGCCACAAAGGAGCCCAAAGCACCAGUCCAGAAAGCUAAGUGUGAAGAGAAAGAGACUCUGACCUGUGAGAAGUGCCCCAGGGUAUUUAACACUCGAUGGUACCUGGAGAAGCACAUGAACGUUACUCAUAGGCGCAUGCAGAUUUGUGAUAAAUGUGGCAAGAAGUUUGUCCUGGAAAGUGAGCUGUCCCUUCACCAGCAAACAGACUGUGAAAAAAACAUUCAGUGUGUUUCCUGUAACAAAUCGUUCAAGAAACUCUGGUCCCUUCAUGAACAUAUCAAGAUCGUCCAUGGAUAUGCAGAAAAGAAAUUUUCCUGUGAAAUUUGUGAGAAGAAAUUCUAUACCAUGGCUCAUGUGCGGAAACACAUGGUUGCACACACGAAAGACAUGCCAUUUACAUGUGAAACCUGUGGAAAAUCAUUCAAACGCAGUAUGUCACUCAAGGUGCACUCCUUGCAGCAUUCUGGAGAGAAGCCCUUCAGAUGUGAGAACUGUGACGAAAGGUUUCAGUACAAGUACCAGCUACGCUCCCACAUGAGCAUUCACAUUGGGCACAAACAGUUCAUGUGCCAGUGGUGUGGCAAGGAUUUCAACAUGAAGCAGUACUUCGACGAACACAUGAAAACACACACUGGAGAGAAACCCUUUAUCUGUGAAAUCUGUGGCAAAAGCUUCACCAGCCGCCCCAACAUGAAGAGACACCGAAGAACACACACAGGCGAGAAGCCCUAUCCAUGUGAUGUGUGUGGCCAGAGGUUCCGCUUUUCGAACAUGCUUAAGGCCCACAAGGAGAAGUGCUUUCGGGUGACCAGCCCCGUGAAUGUGCCACCUGCUGUCCAGAUCCCACUUACAACUUCCCCAGCCACCCCAGUUCCUUCUGUGGUGAACACACCCACAACCCCCACCCCUCCAAUCAAUAUGAAUCCUGUAAGCACUCUUCCCCCUCGACCCAUCCCCCACCCCUUCUCACACCUGCACAUCCACCCACACCCUCACCACCCACACCACCUUCCUAUCCCUCCGGUCCCUCACCUCCCCCCACCUCCAGCUCUCUUUAAGAGUGAGCCUUUAAAUCAUAGAGGCCAGAGUGAGGACAACUUUCUGCGGCACCUGGCAGAGAAGAACAGUUCAGCACAGCAUCAUUAACAUCCGUCUCCUUAGUGUGUUCUCCAGGAGACAUGUCCCCAUGUGUGAGUGUGCACAGAGGGAGUUGGUGAGCAUUUCCUUAGUUCUCAGACUCUCUGCCUCUACCAAGAGCUUCGCCAGUGUCAUUGAGUCAACAGAUCCAAGGGAAUGAACAAGAAGACUACCUUGAGCUCACUGAGGGACUGUCAUCUAAACCAGGGGAACCACUGAACAAAAGCCCAAUUUGCUUGCAUUUUCUGAUGACUUAUAAGUUUCAAAUACUCAGACUUGUGGAAUUUUAUAAUUUCAUAUCAGCUGAUGAGGUAUGCUUGCUUUUAUAUCCCAGACUUCUCCUCAAAGAGGGGAUAGGCCUGGUUUCCUUUGUACUAAUCGGGAAGGCUGUGAGAUUAAUCCAGAGCAUUAAUUGUAUCACUGUGUAUGGUAAGGAAUUCUUUUCAGCUUUUGGUGCCAGCUACAGAGUUGAGCUGGCUGUGUUUUCACAGUAUAUCAAGCAUUAUAGAGAAAGACAGACAUGUUCUUCUUUGUGUAGCUCUCCUAACGCACUCUUUAUUUUACUACAGAAAUUAUUUUAGAGUUUUUGUAUAGACUUCUUUAGUAGUCUGUUUCUAAAAUGAAAUGUAUUUCAAUAAGCGGUGUAAUUUUUUCAGUGUAGCUGAACCUAUGUUGUAAAAUAGAAAAAAAAUUUUAUAAUCAUCAAAAUGUGAUUCUUAAAGAUGCAUAUAACUUCUAUAAUUCAAAGUUAUUCUUACAUCCGUACAACUCAAAAGGUGCUUCAGAAACCAGAUGUAUCUGAGAGGGUCUCCAGACCAGGUUACUGCAAAAACGAGGUUUUGCUUUCAGGAUUUGGCAUAAAUACUUGGUAGUUUUGAAAUCUCUGCUUAACACUCAAAGAGGCUCCCUGAUGUGCUCCUGUCCUCCAUGUUCUCCUUGGCUCCGUUAGUGCAUUACAUGAAAUGAUUUGCAGGGGCUGGGGCCUUUUCCAGGGAAGUCACCUAAAACUUGCAUGUUUUGAAAAUUUGAAUAAGGCUGUUUGCUGACAGGAGGAGGAAGUAGUGGAGAUCAUUUCAUCUCAGUCACGUCUGUUUCUCACUUCCCUUAGGAACUGUGUUCAUGUAUAGCUUUUAUGGGAUGACAAAUUGAAAUCUCUCAUUUUGAGAUUGCUUUAUUUUUCUAGAAUUGUUAUAAGAAGCUAAAAUGGUAAACUUGAAAUCACAAACAUGAUGUUGCUGUAGGGGCUGAGAAAUUCGGAUGAGAAGACAAAUUGGUUAUGAGUUUUUAAAUGUCUGUGAUAUGUAAAAUGUGGAUUUGUUCACAACUUUGAGCUAUUUUAACACAAUUUAAAUAGCAGUGAGGGAAAACUCCUAAGUUUUACUGCCCUGUCUGCAAAUUAUGUAAUACCAGCAUUCUUAGGUGAUAAAGAGAGCAGCACCUCUAAUACCUUUAGGCAGGUUACUUUUUCAAGCUUGGAGAACUUCAAAAGAACAUAAUCAACCAGGAGCUUAUUAUAGGAAAGGCUGAACAGAAGGGCUAGUGUAUUGAUUACUCCUAACUGAUCAAAUCUAUCUCAGUGUAGCUUAAAAUUUUGUAUUUCUUAUCUCAGAGAACUGAGUUCCCAAGCUAAAUCACUUAUCCCCUACCCGCUCUCCAAUUUUGUUUUUUUAAGAAACAAGGUCUUGCUAUGUUGCCCAGGCUAGAGUGCAGUGCUGAUCACAGGUGCAAUUAUAGCACAUUACAGCCUCCGACUCCUGGGCUCAAGCAAUCCUGCCUCAUCUAACCAAGUAGCUGGGACUACAGGCGCAUGCUACUAUGCCCAGUCCAUUUUUUAAUCUUGAAAUGUCCUUAUUUUUCUUUCCUUGGGUUCUUAAAGUAAUUGCCUGAAUCAGAAUGCUGGCUUUUAUUUAUUUUUUUAUUUUUAAUAUUAAAUGUGCAGAUACGCUUUGAGCACUUUUCUAAUUAGCUCUGUGGUAGGAAAAAAUGGAAGUCUUUCAAUCGAGGUUAAGUCCCUAUUUUUCAAACAUCACAUUCUCUAUUAGCUUUUUGGUUUAAUGUUUCUAAAUUUUCUCCUUCUGAUUUUGCCUGUCUUAUAUAAUGAGCAUAGGAAAAUUUUGGAAUGAGGCAGAAAAGUAUCUGAAGACAUACUUUUCUCCCUGUUUUUGGAUGUAAGUUUUAAAGAAUGGUAUUUUUAAUAUUUGUACACAUUCUUUGAGCACCCAGGUACCCAAGCCAGUAAGGAAAGUUAAUUCCUUGCCUAUGACUGUUAUAUCUUUAGUGGUUGUUUCCCCCUCCUUCCACAGUCUCCUUGGCAUUCUGUGACAAGUUUGUCAACAUACACUUUUAUAUAAACAUAUCAUUUCAUGGUCAAGCCUGUAGUAUUAAAAUAAUUUUUUUUUAAAAGAUAACUUACAGCUUGGUUAAUUGGUUAUACUUUAUUUUUUUCUUUUUUUUUUCCUUUUUUUUUUUUAUUGAGACAGAGACUUGCUCUGUCGCCCAGGCUGGAGUGCAGUGGCAUGAUCUUGGCUCACUGCAACCUCUGCCUCCCGGGUUCAAGCGAUUCUCCCGCCUCAACCUCCCAAGUAGCUAGGAUUAUAGGUGUGCGCCACCAUGCCCGGGUAAUUUUUGUAUUUUUAGUAGAGAUUGGGUUUCCCCAUAUUGGCCAGGCUGGUCUCAAACUCCUGACCUACCCGCCUGAGCCUCCCAAGUGCUGGGAUUACAAGCGUGAGCCACUGCGCCUGGCUGCCUUAUUUUGUUCUAAAUAAAUUUAGUUAUAUGGGCAGCAAUUCUGAAUUCUAGACUUGAGACCACGGAAUCAACCAUUUCAUGAGGUGUACUAUAAUUACACACUGAAAUAUUCAGGUAGUCAUCUUUGAUUUUCCAUUCAAGUAAAUAUAGCCAUAAGAAAAUAAUCUGCUAUACAGGAAAACCAGUAUUAAGCAAAUAAUCACCACCAUCCUUAACAGAGCAAAGGAAAAAAAAAGAUUAUUUUUUAAAAUAAAAUUAGCGUUGUUACACAGUACAGUUCUUAGUGAAAUGUACUGUGGAACAAUUUAGAAACUUCCUUUUUUUUCCUUCUAGAUUAAGUUACUUUCCUUGACUUGAGGCUUGUGGUCUUCAGGAAAACUGCUCAGAAUAUAAUGACUCCUCAUCAGUAUCAUAUUUCGUAUGAAUAAUGAAAUGCAUUAAGGAUAUUCAUGACAUGAAUGCUUCUGAAUAUAAGAACUGUAGGAUUAAGCCUUAAACAUACACACGUGCAACAGAUUUAACAUGCUUCAGACACUCAGGGUUGAAAAUUUGGUUGGGGUCCUCUUUGUAAGAUAAAAGUUGAAUUAUGUGGUAUGUUCUCUUCCAUAUAUGCUACAGCACCCCAUGAAUGCUUCAAAAUGUUUUACCUACUCAUCUGUUCAUGAAAAAAAGAAUUAUGGAGAAGUUCAAGUUCUCAGCCUUUAUCUGUACAGGUCAAAGACAACAGAGGCCGGAUUUAAGCAUUAUAUAGACAGCAAAUUGAUGCUGCCCCUUGUUACUUCAUUUUACUGUCUUCAAAGGCCUGUGUCGUUGUUAGGAUUAACACUUACUUGAGGAUGGGUUGGCAUCGUUUUUUAUGGGUUGAUUUGUUUGUGUUUGUCUUUUUUUUUCUCAUAGAUUUAUCAGUCAAAUGUAAACUCUUCCUUAGCCUUAAUGAAGGCUGCUGCUUUCUCAAAUUGAGUCAGGUAGGCUCAGUCUAAGUUAGAUUUUUAAAUUUGAAUGAAGAAAAGACAGCAAUUUAAAGGCAUUUGGCUUCAUUUCCACAUACAUUUGUGACUGGAUUCUUAUUGUUAGCAAGCAGGGGCGAUCUCCACAAAAAAACCUUGCUGUAGUUCAAAGAAGCCUGUGCAAAUCAGUUACCUGUACUUUUAUAGUCUACCACUUACAUGAACUGUUUUCGAUUAAUGACUGAGCAUGGACAUUACCAUAGUUGUACCUUUUCUUUAAAACCACAUUUGUUGGAAGUAUCUUUUUCUAGUGAUUAGAACUUUCCCUGUAAUUUGAUUGUCCGUCAUAUACUAACCGAAAGCAAAAUGCUCGGAAGAGAUGCUUAUAAACUAUGAAUUUUUUUACUUCUUGAAAUUUUUUUCAGUUUUUGUUUGUUUGAAUAGAUAUGUAUGUUUAGUUUCAUUAUGAUUUCACUGGAAGUUUUAAAUUUUGAGAAGAUGAAGCAGAGAUAGAAAUCCAAUGCAGAUGUAUGUAUAUAUACCCCAUCUUGCAGAUUUCGGUUAGUAAAACACAGAAUGAUAGGUCGGUUGUUAUGUUAAAAAAAACUAGAAAAGUUAAGUUAGAGAAACCUUUCUGUUUGAACUACUGUAUAGAAAAGACAACUUUUAUUGCAUUGCUGGUCCACAUAAAUAUUUCAAUGCUGUUCUAGACUGUAUGAGAAGUACUCAAUGAAAAAGGGGAUAUAUGACAUUUAAGAAUUUUAUCAGCUAAUUACCGUUUUAAAAAAUCAACUCAUUUGGGAUUCUUCAGACUAUAAAAUUACGAAAGUAAAGUUUGGGUUUUAAUUUUCCUUUGCCUGAACCAAGAUAGGAAAUUUCUCAAAAGUUUUUUUUUUUUUUUUUUAGGAAUGAAAGGUCAUAAGCCAUUACAGAUAGUGGCAUUAUUAUGCAAUAACAACACCCUAGCUAACCUGCUUUUGUCAUCUGUAGCACUUACAAUAAAUAACGAUGACCUUCCAACCCUGGACACUACCUCGAUAAAGCAAACCAGAGAUCCUCUCUACACUUUCUAUGGAAGCCAUAAAAGUUGCCAUCAAUAUAUCCACAUUCAUAGUUCUCUACUUUUAUACUUUCUAGACUUUUUUAUAGACUUUGUGAUCAGAUCUUUUUGUCCUAGAGGGUAGGUUUUACAAGAUUCAAAGGAAAAUCAAACUCCUUGGUUGUUCCAGCUUUGAAGCUUUUGCUUCAGUAAAUUUGUUUCAAGAACCAGAUCACAUACCGUUUAUCAAAUUCUUUAAGUCAGAACGACUUUGCAGACAUGCAUAUUUGGAAAACAAACUCUUUCUUGUUCCCUAGGUAGAAUAUAUAUUGUAAGAAACUACUUAUAAGGUAGCUUUCUUUCUGCGUUGUUACUUUAUGUACUACUCGAUAAUAUAUGUAUGGUCACAUGUUCCUGGAGUUUUUAUUUCUUAUGACACCUCUCUCUAAUCCUCCAGUGUCACUGCAGCUUCAGUCUCUCUCACUCUGUUUUUGAGUGCCUUCAAGAUGCCAGCAUCCUGGAACAUUCUUUUCCUGAUCUAAAUCCUACCUCUCUUUUAUUCUCCAUGAGUAUUGGAAUUCACCCUUAUUUCCAGUGGGCUUAACUCUACAAACUAGCUAAAACCUUGGAUAAGAAUUUUGACCAUAUUUCUGUUUUGUACCUCCAUGUCAUUUUUAGGUUAUAUUUUUAACUUUUAAUCUUAUUUCUUCACAUAUUACAUAUCUGUUGAAAGAUUUUAUCCUUAUUUCACUCUUCACCUUCCUUACUUUGACCAGAAAUUCGACGUUCCUUUAAAAUUAAAGAUCAUUGAAUAUGUCAUUUGAACAUCUGUUUCUCAACUGAAGUCUUCCUGAAUGCCUCCCCUUUCUGAUGAAGGGAACCUGAGUGCUGCUGUUGCUCUGUCCUGUUCCCAUGUGCACUCUCUGUUCCAUACACGUUUUGUGAGACUGUACUCUUUAUUUUAGUCAAAUUAAUUUGAAAUUGCUCUCUGGGUUUCUGCUCUCUCAUGGCCCUGUCCCACAAAAACUUCUGUUUACUUUUUCUAGCUCUUUUCAUCUAAUUCAUUUAAAACGUAUGAUGGAUACAUAAUAUAUGAAGGAUGUAAUAAAAAGGAGGUUGCGGUGUUUUCCGCGUGAUAUGAUCCAGCACCUCCUUGAUAAAACAUUUAGCAAUUGGCUAGUCUUUCACAGCCAGAGUGGAAGUCUGUGCUGUGUACAGGUCUUCUCCUCCCUUUCAGUUCUCCAAAACUGGAGAAGCAGGAAAAAAAAUGAACUCUUUAAAAUGAGAUUUGAUUGCAUUUUUUACGUGAAUGAAAGCUUGGAGUUGAACAUUUGGGCCUUAGUCAACAUUUUUCCUUUCUGACUUAAAAUCUCAUGUCCUUUUCCUUAAAGUUAAUAGUACUCAGGUUUUUAAAGACUAAUAACCACACAAGGUGUGUGUUGAAGAAGGCAGCUGUUAAUACAUCCUCCAUCUUUCCUGCCUGGCAACAGACAGUAUAUUAUUGGUGAGAUAGUGCAAAAUUGUGAGAUUGGGUUAUGUUUGAUGAUGAAUAAAUUCAAGAUUUUUGAAGGCUUCACUGCUAUUUGGGAUGGGAAGAUGAGUUUACAAAAUGAAAAAGGUAAAUUUUUAUGUUACAGAAAUCAGUAACAAGGGUUUCUGGUUGUUGUGUUAAAUACUUUUCACUUAAUUCGCCUUGAUGUUUCUUCCUCAUUACUUAUCUGGAAGUUUGCCUCUUGGAUAGUAACUAGCUACUUACACUAUCUACUUUAAAAUUUGUGGCUUUUUAGAGUCCAAGGCCAUAAAACCAUGGAGAGCUGUGCUUGCAUGUCAUUUGGAGGAACCACAUCUGUGAGACAGCCUGCUGUCUUGUAUGCCUUCAUUAGGAAACAUUUGACACAUGCAUCCAAGGGAGUUCCUGCCCCUGAGAAGUGUCCCCACAGCUUUCCAGUUGCAGGUUACUUUCACACUAUGUCAGCUUCUCUGGUGAGAUCGCGGACGUUACAUAUUACUUGAAAAUGAUUUCAUAGUAAGUGAGGAUGGGGCAAGAAGGGGCGUGGAAGCUGAAUUUUGCUGAACUUCAGAAGGAAAUCUGAUACUUGCCUUGGCUAGUUCUGAUCAGCUAAAGAACCUGUGUCUGUACUGGUGUGCCAAAGAAUCAAAUUGUUUCUGGAAUAUCCAGCUCCUCUGAAUGAACACAGCUUCCUCCCUCCCUGUCUUUUACAGGUGAGAAGGGACCGUCUGAUGAGAAUGAUAGACUUCAACUCACAUCCUGUAUAGGACUUGAGACGGUUUAAUUGCAUUUGAAAGUUGGUGGAAAGUAUUUUUAUUCUGCUAGAACUCCUAACCCUCCUAGAAACAUCUUUUCAUGCUCUAUUAUUCAGUUCAUUAGGUUAAAAAUAAAUAGUGUGACAUAAUUUUGGUGUUUACUUCUUAAGUUGUCUCCCCAACGGCAUAUUAUGCAGCCUCUGAAAAUGGGAUGAUUUCUUCUCAACCUUCUGUAAAUUCGAAUAUGCAUUUUACUCAUUUCUUGACAUGGGCUGUGUGACUGUUUUCCAUCAGCAGUUCUGGCUUUGCCCACAAGGGAGCAAUAAAGUGCUUUAGUUUUAUUCUCAACCUUAUAAAGAAAGAUCCCGCUUUUAAAACUUCUGCAGUAGCCUCUCGGCUCAAAGCUCACUCAUAUAUUUUGAUUAUUUAAGAAAUUUUCCUUAUUACAAAGUCCAGUCGUUCAGCCCUCACAAUGCAAGCAGUGAUUGACAUGUGGGCCUGGAGUCCUUGUGGGUCAGGCAUCUUAAAUAGACUUUUUUUGUAUUGAUGACACCCAGAUUGAAAGCCAGGACCUUCCCAUUGGGGCAUCUUUGUGUGCUGAAGGCAGAGCAGGCAGGUUUCCCUUCUUAUCUCCUCCGCAGGCCACCACCGUCACAUCUAAAGAAGGAGGGACAAGAGCACUGGGGAACUCGAGUAUGAGUAUGAGUGAGGAAAUGCUUCUCACCUUCUCUGCUCCAAAGGGACAUCUGUUACAUCAGGGAGCAAGUCCUCUAGGUCAGACUCUGCGUCCUGACCAGUGCAACAGGCACUCCAGGUUAGAAACUGCGCUCCCUGUCAGUUGCUUGUCUAAGGGCUCACAACCCCCAUCAGCUCUCUGGUCAGGAGUUCUAUUUGUGCUUAUUGCAGUAGCAUCUUCACAACAAACAGGUCAGUAAUUGACCUGGGAAGAUGAAAGCACAGGCAGUAAAUAUUACCCCUGGAGAGCCAGGAGGCAUUGACACCUGGAAUGGCCUUUUUAACUGAUUUCUGCCUGGCCCUCUGACCCGCAGCCAGGUCUGAACCUGAGCACAGAGAGUGGUGUCUACUUGUAACACUUGACACAAAGCAAAGCUGAAGCUGUGAUUGGUUUAGGCAGCAAGUGGCCAGGUGCAACUUGUUUGUUUUUAUUUUUGUUUCCCCCAACAGUACUGAGAUCACUUGCACUUUUUCUCAUUUCUUAAGAAAAGAAAAUCCAGUUUGCUUGCCAUGACUUGUUUAGCGUUAGGUUUACAAAGCUUGUUGUUGAAUGUUGAAUAUUUGUCCAAAGGAGUUUGACAAAACAGAAGCUGCUUGGUCCCUGUUCUGCCUGCUCGGCCAUAAGGAUUAAGGCCAUGUGGCUGGGGUACUUAUGUCAAGUCCAGAAUGGGGCAGUGUCCCUCUCCUACCUCUCUGCGGAGACGCAAUUGAAGGUCAAGUAGACUCAGCGUAGGGCAGGCAUCUGCCAUGCUGCAAAGAAGUUUAGAGGAGUCUUUGGGUUGGGGAGGUGACAGGUAGGUAGGACAGGAUCUCUUAAGAUGGGAAAGAUACUGGGAAGAGGAGGGCUGCUUGGCCCCAGGGAACUGCAGUGAGGUGGAACUGAGCUCAGCUCCUGAAUCUCCAGACGAGCCCGUGCUGCCCAGCUUCCCUGAGUCGUCUUUUCUCUAGCAUCCUGUCAGAUCCCUCAAUGUACUGAUUUCCCCCUUGUGUUAACUAUACCAAUAUUAUUUUUUUAGCAAUUGAAAUGCACUUUUUUAUUUCAACUCAAUCAUGAUUUUAAGUAUAAAAAAUUUAUAGAUUGUUAAAACUACUUUUUUGUGUAUUUUUAACCACUCAAUGUAGCAUUGUAUAUUUUAUUCUUGUGAGACUCUGGUACAAGGUGUGCCGCUUAAUGAUUUUUCUGAGAUGCUGGGCCUUUGGAUGUGUACGGUAACCAACUUAAUGCUAAUGUUCAAAGUAAAAAAAAAAAAAAAUGCCAUA